AUGCAGGCUUUUCUCCGUCGAGGAGCUUCGCUGUUUGGCUCGACGCCAUCCGGCUCCCCCAAGGAGAGCGGGGAUUUCGAUGAAUUCCGCAAGGCGCCGUCACACGAUGUGUUGUUCCCCAAGGUCGACCCGGCUGUUGAUGGGGAGGAAUGCCUCCACGACUGUGCGUCGUGUACGGUGAAGUACCCCGCCAGGUUCGACGUGGACUACGAAGAUGAGCUCUACGGGCACGUCAACGGGUGGGCGACGCAUCUGCUCGUCGCGACCGGGAAGACAGACUGGGUGAGGGAUGUUGCGGACGAGAAGGGCAGCUUGAUGGAGGCGAUCGAGAAGGGGGGACUGGAGCCGAGCAAUGGGAAUCUGAAGCUGUCUGCGUCCAACAUGCCCGUGCCGGACGAGUAUCACCACCACGAGCCAGGCGAGCAGCCUACCAACGUCCUGAUCCUGCCCGCCUUCACGGUGGUGGAGCAGGUGACUCCGGCUCUUGCGCCCGACCUCAUCAAGUACUUUGUCAGCCGCGCGCCGACGACCACCACACCGCUCGGAAGCAUCCCGGAGCCCCUGACAGGACCAGAGGGCGAGGAGCAGCCCGCCCCAGUGGAUAUCAGCUCGCUGACUCCGCUGCGGUCCCGGCCCUGCGGCCAUGCAGCCGUGAUCCUUCUCUGCUCGCAGCGCACCCGGGACGCGCGCUGCGGGCAGUCCGCCCCGUUACUGCGGCGCGAGUUCGAGCGCCAUCUGCGGGCCCUGGAGCUGUACCGCGACUUGAACGAUGAGCGGCCUGGCGGCGUGGGCAUCUACUUCAUCAGCCACGUUGGGGGGCACAAGUACGCAGCGAAUGUGAUUGUUUACCGGCGGCGGGACUUUGAGUGGUAUCGCAAGGAGAAACCGGGGCAGGACGCGCAAGGGAAGACGACAGGCGAGGCAGACGAGGGCGCGGCGCAGGGCAUCUGGCUGGCGCGCGUGCGGCCGGAGGACUGCGAGAAUAUCGUCAAGUAUACGGUCCUGCAGGGGAAGGUGGUCAAACCUGGGCUGCAGCUUCGAGGCGGGUUUGAUCGCGAACGAGGGAAGAUUAGCUGGUAG